AUGAUAACAAAUGCUCUGGAAACUCAAAAUGACGCAGCCGCAACUUACCAGCGCAUUUCCGAAUAUGCUCGUUGUCACCGAGAAGAAGGAUCCUCGAUAGCCAACAAACGAAGUUACCGCCUUAAUGUUGCAAGCACUCAUCCCUUCAAUUGUGUUAGCCUGAAUAAUUUGAUGUGGUUUGCAAAUGAUGCACAUGGUAGCCAACAUACUACAAUCCCUCAGAAGAGCCCGUUGCUUUGGAGAAAUCAAUGGAGGAUUCAGAGACUCAUCGAACGUGAGCAUUUCCAUUAUCCAGUCGUCGAACUUGGUCCUAUAAUAGUUUCGUUGAUUUCAAUGGAAACGAAGGAAGAUACACGUUGCAAUCUUCGUGUGGAAAGUAAUGGAACAACCUGGUAA